CAGGAGGAGACUGUUGUUUGGGCAGCAGUGGAGCGUCUGUUACUCAUUAGUUUAAUAUUGCGUAGUCUCUGUUUAUUUGACUGUAGUCUACGCAAAAGCAUAAAAACACUUCUAUUGCACUUAUUUAUCUAGACACAUAACUCAUUCCGUGUUCAAGAUCUGUUACAUUUUGCAGUUUAAAACUUUGGGACAGUUCGUGGGUGGAGUGUCUGGAGCAGCUCCAGGGUGUGGCGCGUCUCCACCGUCUGCAAACAAACUGCACACCAGCCAGGAGCGAGACUGGUUCUGUCCUUCCUCCACCCACUCGGAAAAGCCGCACGUUACACGGGUCUCCUGGGAACCUGGUCCUCGUUCAGCUUGGACACGCACAUUCUAUAAAGAGAGCAGGAGCAGCGCCCCCUCACAACGCAACAUGCCGCAGUACUCAGACCUGGAGAAUGCCAUCCACACGCUGGUGUCCAAGUUCCACUCUGCCUCUGCCGACAAGAGCCCCACCCUAAAAACGGAUGAGUUCAAGGGCCUCCUGUCUACGCAGCUGCCUAAUCUGGUCAAGGGCAUUGGCUCAGAGCAGGGCUUGUCAGAGAUCUUGAGGAAGAUGGGUGUGGGCUCUGGAGAGGGCAUCUCCUUCAGCCACUUCUGGAGCCUCAUUCAACAGCUGGCCACUUCCCAGCACAACAUCCUGAGUCAGGGCGCAGGCUCCACCUGCAGCUGCGCUCUGCUGUGAGCCCCAACAACCGUACCCCACAUCAGCCUUGGCAUCCGCUUCCCUCACGCACACACCGGCCCAGGCACAUCGCUCCCUCACGCCCCCUAGCCCUUCACAACCACCAGCAUGUGCUCCUACACUUUCUCAGACCGCCAUUGCCGUAACCUCUGCUUCUCAUAGUCACAACUAGCAGCCCUACAUUUAAAGAACCAAUUGCAAGCUAAAUAAAUAUAAAUUUUUCAAUAUUUUAUUAUUUUAUAAAGCAGCUGUCAAUCAUUCCUACACUUUUUUGAUGAAAUACUUUCUUGCAUUACGCUUAAGUCUGAAUUUCUGUUUUUUUCUUUUGUCAAGUUAAUAAAAUUGUUAUUCUAAAUAAAUUGAG